AAAACAAAAACACAGAUAAACCAGAGAGAAAGAGAAAAUACGAUAGAAAAAAAGAAUGAGUCAAGAAAGUAUUACAGAAACUAGGGCUAGGGCUAGGGCUAGUUCUGUCGACGACAAAACAGAAGAGCUUUUCGAUGAUCUUGCGGAGGAACCUAGGGCUACUUCUGACGACGACAAAGUAGGGACGAAGAGACAGCGCAAUCAAAAAGACAAGUCUCAUCCCAAGAAGAAAAAGAAGCAAGAUUCUGCUCGCGACAAUGAUCUCGAAAUCCCCACAGAGAUCGAAGAGAUGUGGGAUUCACUCACGAACAACAACACUCCUCCAAACCCUAACCCUAAGGUCGCUAUCGAUCGCGCCAAGAUGAAGGAAGACAACGACGAGAUAGACAAACUCUUCCAAGUGAGGAAAAAGAAGUGCGUGUGGGAGAAGGACAAGGCGGAGAUCGCGUUGCAAGUCGAACAAGUGAUGGCCAACCUCGAGCUCGCCGUAGAAGACGACGUGGAGCUCAACAAGCAAGGCAAACCCGCGACCAACAAGCUCCUCAAGCUACCCAUCCUCGUCGGAGUUCUCUCGAAGAAAUACCUCCAAGCCGAGUUCCUAGACCACGGAGUGCUCAGCCUCCUCAAGAACUGGCUAGAGCCGCUUCCGGACGGUAGCUUGCCCAACACGAACAUCCGCACCUCCGUCUUGCAGAUUCUAGACGAUCUGAGCGUGAUACUAGAUAAAGGACUGGGGUGCAGGAGAGAGCAGUUGAUCAAGAGCGGUCUCGCCAAGGUGGUGAUGUUCUUGUCCAAGUCGGAGGAAGAGACUAGGGGUAACAGGAGGCUCGCCAACGACUUGGUCAACAGGUGGGGGCAUAUGGUUUACGAUAGGAGCACGAGGUACGAGGACAUGUUGAGCCGAGAGGAGCGUGAGGAGCAAGAGGAGUUGCUCUCGAGAAGAGAGAAGAUGAAGAAGGCGGCUCCCGAAGAAGCGAGAGUUGGAGACUUUGAUGUGGAUGUUGACUUCUCCGCGAGACCGAAACCAAUGGUGCCAGCUGGUGAUAGAGUGGUGGUGACGGUGCCAACGGCAACGUCGAUGGAUUUUGUGUUGCGUCCUAGACCGAAAGUUGACAAAAGACUCGAGGCUCGUGCGAAGAUGCACGGUGAUUGCAAAAGGUAUGAAGCUUUGAUGAAGAGAGUGAAGGAUAGGAGGGCGCUUAGUAAAGCUUCUAAGCACGCCUUGAAGCUUAGUGUAGACGGUCAUAGUAAGCCCAAGUACUAGUAGAUAUCGUUACUAGAGAUGUUAUUUGGCAAACAUCUAUUGCGUCUGGUGAUUAUGAUGAAGAGAUUGAACUUACUAUGUAGAACUCUAAAAUGUUAUAUAUAAAGACUUUUUUUUGAUAGUUUUCUUUUCAUCAGUUGCUUUUUACUUGUAAAACAACAAAACAUAUGUGCGGAAUGAGCUUCCUUUGUAGACAUAUUCAAAUUCAUGUGGUCUGUAUUGCAUUUGCAGAACCAUAUUUUAAGAUCCAAGUUGGCCACAAGGAAGUUGCUCUGUUGAACUUCAAAUAUGUAAAUUGUUUAUUUGGGGUCACAAGUGAAAUAACUAGAAACAUACAUUAUAAAAAGCAUAAAACUGUAUUACAAGAAAAACUACCAAGCGAAAAUUUUGUUUA